AAAUAAAAGGAGAACCUUCACGUUGCAUAUUAGACAAUCAAUUUUCUUGGUUCCCACAUAGAAAGGCGUCCGAGACUCUAAUUUUCACAGACAAAAUCCUGGCCUUUUGAUCCCAAAAGUAUGUCUUCUAGGAGGCGUAUGCUUCUCAAGGUCAUAAUCCUCGGUGACAGCGGGGUUGGGAAGACUUCUCUGAUGAAUCAAUAUGUGAAUCGCAAGUUCAGUAAUCAAUACAAAGCAACCAUUGGAGCAGAUUUCUUGACAAAAGAAGUGCAGUAUGAGGACAGGCUAUUUACAUUGCAGAUAUGGGAUACGGCUGGGCAGGAAAGGUUUCAAAGCCUUGGUGUGGCUUUUUACCGGGGGGCAGACUGUUGUGUUCUAGUCUAUGAUGUGAAUGUCAUGAAAUCAUUUGAUGACCUCAACAACUGGAGGCAGGAAUUUCUAAUUCAGGCCGGCCCUUCUGAUCCAGAAAACUUCCCAUUUGUUGUGUUGGGGAACAAGAUAGAUAUUGAUGGUGGCAAUAGUCGGGUGGUAUCUGAGAAGAAGGCAAAAGCAUGGUGUGCCUCUAAAGGAAAUAUUCCAUACUUUGAAACUUCUGCAAAAGAAGGUUUCAAUGUAGAAGCUGCUUUCCAGUGUAUAGCCAAAAAUGCUCUAAAAAAUGAACCUGAAGAAGAAAUUUACCUCCCUGACACCAUUGAUGUGGUGGGUCGACAGCAACAAAGAUCUUCGGGUUGUGAAUGCUAGAAGCCUAGAAGAGAUCUUGAUUAAGUUGUACAAGUCAAGCAAAUGGAAAUAGGCUACUGUCAUUCUCUUAUCCAGUCGUCAUACAUUAAUAAUUCAGGGAAGUUUCUUCAAGGAUCCAUGUAUAUGAGUAAGCGCUUAAAGAAACGGAACUUAAUAGUGCUUCUUUAUGUUUCUUUUCCGUCACUCAAUGUUUGAAUCUUGUACUCUGUUCCAUCUCUAGAAUCAAAUUGUUUUUUUUAUUGAUCUCAGGAA